UAUAUGGGGUGUGCGAGUGGCGACUGACUCCCUCCUUGGUUUUCAUAGAGAGUAACCAUAACGUGCUAUUUUCCAAGAGAAUCAAUCAAAUUCCGUUUCCUCUCUCCAUCCCCACCAAAUCCAUUCCAACAAAAUAUUAAGAUUCAAAUGCGAAUGCCACAACAUACCAAAGGAAAUGAAUAAAACAAUUUCGUUCUCUGCUUCUUGGGUUUCUUUAAAUCCAUUUCUUGUGUGAGUUUCACGAUUUUGAUUGUGGGUUUUUUUUCCUCAUCAUGUUCUUUCUUCUGACUAUAAUGAUUGAACGUUAAUGUAGAAAGAAUUCAAGAAAAUAUUAGUAUAUACAUAUGUACUGUGUUUGUGUUGUUUGAAAAAAAUUUCAAGAAAGAAAAAUUUACAAGUAAUAGAGAAGAUGAAUAGUGAAAGAGAGUCUGAAAACUCAAUGCGUGGAAUCUUCAAUCCACCACCAUCAUCAUAUUUGAAUCAUCAACAACACCAUAACCGUUUGGUCAGAAGCUCAUCAAUGAGUAGAGCUUCUAAGCAAACCCAGUACUCUCCUUCAAACCCCUUCUCAAAUGGCCAUGGGUUUGAUUUCUCUGACGACGCUGGUUCAUAUUCAACCCCAUUUGAGGAGUCUAAGUAUCCCAGACGGAGUACUACUACUGGUUACUCGAGGGAAUUGUUGUCCAACCCCGACGCUUCUUAUUCUCAAACCAAAGAGAAGCUGCUUAAUGAUCUGGGAUUAUCUGAAAGUUUCUGUAGAAUGCAUAUUAGCAGUGAGGAAGGAAUCAGAAACAGGGGAUUUGAUAGAGACCCAGAUGGAAUUGUUCUUGGUAAUGCUUCUUUUGGGGGAGCAGCCAUCCCUUGUAAUGACCCUUUUGGCUUUGAAGCUUUCCGAUCAUCUAAGAGUGCUGUUCCGAUCAGUUCUGACGGUGAUAAAAGGUUUAAACCAGGGUCUCCUCUCACUCAUAUCCAUUCUACUUCAAGGAGCUUUGGUCCCACUCCCAGUUUCAAUGGCAAUCCAAUGAUUCAUAUGAUGGGCCAAACACAGGAACAAAAUGUUGAUGCUCUGCUACAACCACAUGGAAAUGACUCUAAUAGAGGUAAGAAUCUCACAGACUCAUUUAGCUCCACCUCUCGUUUCCUGGAACCCAAACUAAAAGAGAAUAUGAGAAAUUCAUUGUAUAAUACUUUAAUGAUGGAAGAAUGGACGAAAGCAAAACCAAGAGGUGAGAUUCCACAAGUUUUCAGGCGUGAACAAUGUGCAGGGGAGUUUAAGGGUUUUAUUUUUGAAGACAGUUUCAUCAUAGAAGGAAAGUGUUUGAGUGGAAAUAAAGUGAGUUCGAGUAAAGAUUCACAGCUGCACUUUCCGGCAGUAUUAUCUUCAUUAGAUAAGCUGAAGGAUUACAUAUACUGCAUAGCUAAGGAUCAAUAUGGUUGCCGGACCUUGCAAACGUUGUUUGAACAGGGAACAAGUCGAGAUGUGCAAAUAAUAUUUGAUGGAGUAAUUGAUCAUGUUGUGGAGCUCUCCAUCAACCCUUUUGGAAAUUACCUUAUACAGAAGCUUUUGGAUGUUUGUUGUAAACAACAAAAACUACAGAUUGCGGUUGUGUUAACCCAAAAACCAGGACAGCUUGUUGACAUUUCUCUAGAUGCACAUGGCUCGCGUGUGGUACAGAAGUUGAUUGAGAAUGCUGAAGAUAGAGAUCUUAUAGAGUUGAUUAUGUCAGCCAUCGAACCUGGUUUCCUUCUUCUUGCUAAAGAUUUAAAUGGAAAUCAUGUUGUGCAGCGUUGUUUGCAAUGCUUUAGUAGUGAACACAAUGAGCAUAUAUUUCACGAUGCUGUGAAGUAUUGUAUAGAUAUUGCAACUCAUCGGCAAGGAUGUUGUGUACUGCAGCGGUGCCUUUCACGUGCCCCGGAAAAGCAUCUAGAUAAGUUAGUGACGGAAAUUACUAACAAUGCACUUUUCCUUGCUCAAGAUCCUUAUGGGAAUUAUGUUAUUCAGUUUAUCAUAGGGCUAAGGCUUCCAUCUGCCAAUGCCAAAUUGGCUUCUCAGUUUAGAGGGAACUAUGAGUACCUCUCAAUGCAUAAAUUUAGCAGUCAUGUGGUUGAAAAAUGUCUAAAGCAUUUCGAUGAGAUUCGUCCAAGCAUCAUCUAUGAAUUGCUCUCAGUUUCUCAAUUUGAUCAGUUGUUGGAACAUCCUUUCGCUAACUAUGUCAUUCGAUAUGCUCUCGAAAUUACGAAGGACAUGGGCGCUCUUCAUGAGUCCAUCCUCAGUGCAGUUCAGCCUUACGUGUUGCUACAAACCAGACCAUUCUGCAAGAAGAUUUUCUCCAGAAGCCCACUGAAGAAAUGAUGUGGUACUUUUACCAUAUCAAAACUUUUGGUUGUGCAUGGUGGUAAAGUAACAGAAAAGUAAAAGCUAGUUUAGAAUAACUGAACUAACAUCCAUUUUGAACUCACUAAAAAAGGGAAAUUAAAACUUUUGCCUGAACAAGAAGAAACUUGAGAAUUUUGUUUCUCUUUUUGUACUUCUGUUGGUGUUGUUACAGUAUGCUGUUAUGUUGUUGUGACAUAACAUUGGGUUUCCUUUGGAAUAUAGUUUACCUAAUAUCUGAAACUGAAA